GGGACCCCGGCCCCAUAGCUCCUGCUGGGGGUAGCAGGCUGUGUCCAGCCCCUGAUUCCUCCAGAAAUUUUUUAAAAUCACCCCUGGGGACCCUGAAUUCCCGAGUCACCUAGGGGAGGGUCACCAUCCUACCAAGGGCUUUGCAGCCCCCUUUCUCUAGUGUAGGGGGAGCUCAGGGUUAGUCCCCAGGAGAGAAGGGCUGUAACAGGGUCCCAAGCUCCUCUUUGCUGCUGGAGCAUCCUUAUAAGGCCUGGAGUCUUCAGUUGCCUUUUUCUCUCAAGCAUCCCCCUCCCCCACCCCCCAAAAAAUAGAUGCUGGGCAAAUAGCCCUAAAUACAGGUGUCCCCAGCACUGUGACGGCUGGAAGUUCAGGCAGUUUUAGGAUUUGUCACCCUCUCCAUCCCACAAUGAAAAGCACCCGCGGCAGUUCCUCAUUCCAAGCCGUCAAUGCCAAUGGCUUGGACCUGAGUCUAACAGGCCUCCCACUGCAAGUCUUGCGGCGGCCGAGCAGUGCCUCUCCAGCUAAGCACAUCGCUCGUUCCAUCUCCGUCAUCACCGAGAGCAAGCCCAGAAGGAACACUCCGGAAGAUGCAGGACUUGGCUGCUCCAGAGCCAUUAAUAAUCUCCGGAGAUCCAAUAGUACCACCCAGGUCAACCAGCAAGUGAACGGUGCUUUUCGUGCCGAGCAGCCUGGAGACUUCUUGACCUUCUUUGACAGCAGCUCUGGGGGAAGAAAAAAGCUGGCAAGUCUGAGCAAAACCUCUCCAGAAAAGAAAACCACAUGGAAUAUCCUGGACGAUCAGCCCAGGGUCUUCCCGAUCCCAUCCAGCACCCGCAGCUCCAGCACGCUGGAGUCCCCAGCAGGCAUGAGGAAGAAAGAAACCACUGUGCUGCUGGCACCUAACUUCACUGCCAAUAACAGGAGUAACAAAGGAGCCAUGGGCAACUGCGUCACCACCAUGGUGCAUAACAACUACUCCACCACAGACAAGGCCUCCACGCCGAAAAGUUCCAACCAAGCAGCAACUUCCCUCAACAAUAUGAUCAAGGCGACCUCGAAUGAGGACAGCGAGAGCAGCAGCUUCAAGAAGUCUCAGAAGAACUUUUCCAGCAACAACAUAAUGCCCCGCAACGACAGCCGCAGCCUGCUCAAGAGGAAGGAGGUGACGGAGGAGGAGGCAGAGAGGUUCAUUCAUCAGGUUAACCUGGCAGCUGUGACCAUCCAGCGCUGGUACCGACGCCACUCACAGAGGCACAAGAUGGGUGCAGCCGCUCUCGAGCACUUGUUGGCUUCCAAGAGAGAGGAAAGGCAGCAGCCGCGGAUGGAGGAGGGGAACGUCCUGGACUUGCAGCGGAAGAAGGAUGAGGAGAGACGGAGAAUCCGGGAGGAGAAGGCCCAGCUGGCCCGGCGAGCUGCUAUCCAGGAGCUUCAACAGAAACGAGCCCAAAAGGCCUCUGAUGCGAAGCGCCUCGCGGAGGAGGAGCUGGUGCUGCUGAAGGAGAGCAGACGGGUGGGAAGGAAAAAACCCACCAAGCCGGCCUCUGUGAAGAACAUCAGUCCCGCCAACAGCGUUGUCAAAGCCAAUAAUGCAGAUGCAAAUUUCCGCGCAGCAGCUGCCGAGCCCGAAGAAAUCUCCCCCCCAGGGCCCGGUUCGGGCACUGGACAGGAUAACGCGGCAGAGGACAAACCGCAGGAUGUGAACUCCAGAGAGCUGGCCAGUGAGGAGCUGCAGACGGUGGUCACUGCGACCAGCAGAGCCCAGUCCAAGGUCACCCUCAAUGAGCUUCUGGACACCCUCAAACUGCUGGAGGAGGAGCCGGAGCUGAUGCCCCAACCUAAGCUCUACAAGAAAGACAAAUAUGCCUGGAUAGAUGGGACUGCUGUGUCCAUCAAUGCGAGACGUCUUCUCCCUGGGCAGGAGGCCGACUCAAACUCCCUGACUGCUGACAACCUGGAGAAGUUUGGAAAGCUGAACCACUGCCCCGGCGUCCCUGGGGACGGGGCUCUGCUCUCCGAAGCCAAACUCCAGAGCAUCAUCACCUUCCUGGAUGAGAUGGAGAAGUCGGAGCAGGAGCGGCCCAGAUCCGCUGCCUCUGCCACUCAGCAGGAGGGGCUCUUGUCUGAAGAGGAGGUGGCCCACCUGGAGCAAGCUUCAGCCGUAGCAACAGAGGUCACCAGCUCCAUCAUGAGGCUGAAACUGGAGGUGGAGGAGAAGAAGCGAGCCAUCACCCUGCUGCAGACCGCGCUGGCACAGCAGCGGGAACUGACCGUGCGGCACGUCAAAGAGACCGAGAAGGAGCUUGGCCACCAGCUCCAGUUGCAGAGAGAGCAGUACGAGGCUGCUAUCCAGAGACACCUGGCCUUCAUCGACCAGCUGAUUGACGAUAAGAAGGCUCUGAGUGAGAAGUGCGAGGCUAUGGUGGCAGAGCUGAAGCAGGUGGACCAGAAAUACACCAAGAAGAUUUCCCAAAUGCAGGAGCAGCAUGAGCUGGAGAUCAAGAAACUCAAGGAGCUGAUGAGUGCAACUGAGAAAAUCCGCCGGGAGAAAUGGAUCGAUGAGAAAACCAAGAAGAUCAAAGAAAUCACUGUGAAAGGGCUGGAGCCUGAGAUCCAGAAGCUAAUCGCCAAACACAAGCAGGAAAUCAAGAAGCUGAAGACGCUGCACGAGGCAGAGCUGCUUCAGUCGGACGAACGGGCAGCCCAGCGCUACAUCCGCCAGACGGAGGAGCUGAGGGAGCUCCUGGAGCGGGAGAAGGAGGAGCAGGGCCAGCGGGAGAGGGAGCUGGCCAGGCAGCGGUACGAGAAGCACCUGGAGCAGGAGGAGCAGGCACUCCAGCAGCAGCGCCGCAGGCUCUACAGCGAGGUCGCUGAGGAGAAGGAGCGGCUCAGUCAGCAAGCAGCCAGGCAGAGAGCGGAGCUGGAGGAGCUGAGGCGGCAGCUGGAGGAGAACGGCUCCAUAGUCACCAAGGCGCUGAAGGAGGAGUACGAAAAGGGGAAGGAGGAGCAGGAGAGGCGGCACCAGGCGGAGGUAAAGGUGCUGAAGGACAGGCUGGAGAUUGAGAAGCAGGCGUGGGAGGCCAACUACAUGAAGAAGGAGGAGGCCUGGCUGCUCUCCCGGGAGCGGGAGCUGAAGGAGGAGGUGAGGAAAGAGAGGGACAAAGAGAUCGAGCUGGUCAUCCAGCGCCUGGAGGCCGACAUGUCGUCUACCAAGGAAGAGUGCGAGAGGGUGGCAGAAAACAGGAUAAAGAGGGUCCGAGACAAGUACGAAGCGGAGCUGCAGGAGCUGGAGAGGUCUGAGCGGAAGCUGCAGGAGCGCUGCAACGAGCUGAAGGGGCGGCUGGCUGAGCGGGAAGGCGAGAACAUGCACCUGCAGGGCCUCGUGAAGCACAAGGAGCAGGAGGUGGAAGACAUCAGGAAGGUGAAGGACCAGCUGGCCAAGGAGAGGAGCAGCCUGUCGGAGGUGAUUCGCCAGGAGUUUGCGCACAGGCUGGUAGGGACAGAGGAGGAGAACAAGCGGCUGAAGGCAGAGAUGUCGGAGAUGCGAGCCCGCCAGCGCCUGGAGCUAGACAGGAUAGCCCGGGACAAGGAGGAAGAGCUGGAGGAGGUUCAUAAGAGAGUGAAGAUGGCCAUUGUGAAGAAAGAGGAGACGGUGAAUGUUCUUCGGAAACAGUACGAAGCAGCUGUGAAGCGGGCAGACCACCUGGAAGCCCUGCUAGAGCAACAGCGAAAACAGCUGCUGGCUACUAACUAGCAACCAGGGCGCCGUCCCCCUCCCGCAGUACGGCAGGAACAGGGGCUCCCGUUGCCCAGGAAGUUGCUCUGUGGUCGCGGGGCUGGAAGUGGAGUCUCCCCCUCCUCCUGUGCUGUUCUCUUUUUACAACUUCCGUUACUUGUGCCUCAGCCCGACCCCUUGCUGGAGAGGACUCCCAGUGCUCAGGCUUUUGUGUGGUAUUUUAACAGUAAACUGCGUGCGUGUUUCUAAAAUCCGAUCUGUGGUUGCUGGGGGGAUGGGCAGGUGCUGUGCAGUUGCUGAAAGAGCAAACGUUUGACCCCUUUACUGAGUAGCAUCUGGGUAUGCACUAGAGCAUGCCCUCCCGCCCUUCAUCAUGCCCUGGCCUCCCCCUAACACCUGCUGCUGCUGGUCCCCGGGUUUUUCUCUUGGUCAGAUGCAAGGGAUUAGUGUGAUCCAGACACUCUGGCUGCCCGCGGUGAAUGAGGACUCGUCCCCACUUGCAGCAAAGGGCUAGAGGGAUGGAGCAGAGCGUUUAGUGGGAAAUGCACCUUCACUGCUUCCUGCCAGCACAGCUGAGCCAGCCCUCAGCCCCCUCUACUCUCCUUACGCGCACACGCCGAGCCGGACGGUGGCUUCCAUUCCCCGUUCACCGUACGCUUCUGGGUGUGGCCGACAUCGGUAAACGGCUGUACUGAGCCCAUGGCAAUGGGGUGAGCGAGCUGUCGCUGUCCCACGGGUGAUCAGCAGAAGCCCUGGGUUACAUGUCUCUGGUCAGGGCUGUGCUCUCCAGCCUGGCGAUCCUGCUGGCUGGUACACAGAACACGCAGCCCGCCCCGCCAUCAGUGCCAGGUUAACACUAGCAUUUUAACUGCAUCAGUCAGGAAAUCCCGAGCUAAGGUUCCCACUGGUUCAGGCUGCUCCUCCUUGGCGACUCACUCACCUCAGGCCUGGUGCUAGGUGAUCAGCCCGUACAGUCACGCUCCGUGCCAUGCGCAGAAGGUGCUUCAAGCCCGGCCUUCUCUGUAACUGGGGUAGACCCUGGGCGUCGGCUGCGCUCCUGCCAGCGGCGAGGCAGCACAACAGAAGCUAUCUUGUGCCAAGGGAGCGGAAUUCAGUCCCCAGGCUUCAGUCCACCACCUGCCACUAGCACUGACACCCUUUAAUAACGGGGGGCCUGUUGCAUAAAUACGCUACCAAGGUAACCGGGAAUCAGAAGCUAGGUACCUCUGCUUCAGCAUGUCAGGCCACAAGGCUGAGUCCGGGGUCUCUUCACCCGUCUCCAUUCAUUCCAGCACCUCUCCCCCAGGCUCCUGUCUGCAGCAGUGGGAAAGCAGAGGGAUCGGCCACCAUUACGGCUAACGGUGCCAGGAUCUGCCAAGACAGCGGGCUGGGCUCUGAGCAAUGUUUGCUGGGCCCUCACAGCAUUGCUGCUUCCUGUGAGGAGGGAUUCUCAUUGUUCCACUAGAACCUCCGAGGUCCGAGCACCUCGGGAGUUGAGGCUGUUCGUCACUCAGAGCGAAACAUUGUGGUGGUUCUUUCAAAAGUUUACAACUGAACAUUGACUUAAUACAGCUUUGAAACUUUAUUACGCAGAAGAAAAAUGCUGCAUGUAACCAUCUUAACUUAAACGAAACAAGCACAGAAAGUUUCUUUA